UAUGACAGUAGUCUUCCUUCUUUGUUAGAACCAGCAUGAUGACCUGAAGAAGCAGUAUUACAAUCUGGUGGAGCAGCACCAAGUCCAGAGCGAAGACCACAACCGGAUGCUGGACCAACACAAAGAGCACUAUGAGAAACUGCAGCAAAACAAAGAGUUGGAAAUCUCCCACCUCAAAGAUAAUGUAUAUAACCUGAAAGAGGAAAAUAAACAGCUGAGGAAAGCCCACCAUGACAUUCACACACAGCUACAGGAUGCACAGGUUCAGCAUCAGGACCUGAAGACAGCCCACAACCAGCUCGCACUGACGCUGGAAGACCACAAGAGUGCGCUGGCUGCAGCUCAGUUGCAGGUGAAUGAAUACAAACAACUGAGGGAGUCCCUAAACAGGGUGCCAAAUCUGAGACAGCCUGAACAAAACCCUGCUCCCCAGCAGCCGCAAGCUGCUGCCAUAGCACCCGAGUCCCAGCAGGCCACAGUACUCAAACAGCCAGACAAAGAGGAUCCUGCCCAUGAGGACGAUCAGCAUGAUCACCAGGACACUGAGUCCAGGUUGGACCAUCAAGAGAAGGAGAUGCACGCCCAGUCCGAGAUCAAGUCCCAGCCCACCGUAUUCCAGCACACCUUGUCAGACAAAGAGGAGGAUGGAGAGGGAGAGGCUGAGAGGAGGAGGGAGCUGGCAGAGGAGGAGAUGGCUCAAGCAGGACAGCCUCAGAAGCUGGAGGAGGACCCGGACCAACCACAGGAGGAAGAGGAGGAGCCAGAACAUGAACAGCCGCACGAGAACGCCUUGGACCGACAGAGACGCCAGCCACAACUGGGCCCCCAUCCGGAGAGGCAUCAGGACGGCCAGCCGCAGAACGAGGCGCCCGCCCAAGGAGAACACGUGAAGUCGGCCUACGAGCAGCAGCAGGAGCAGCAGCGCCUGGAGGCUCAAAGGUCCGAGGAGCGCAGGCAGAUCCAGCUGCGCCAGGAGGCCCUGCAGCUCCAGAGAGACAAGGUGCUGAAGGAGAGGGAGCAGAGGCUGCAGCAGGAACAGGAGAGAGAGCAGCGGCAGCACAGGGAUGCCGACAGACGGGAGCAGCUGCUGAAAGAGGAGCACCAAAGGAAGAGGACUGAGUAUGAAAACAUGGACAACGACAUUGUUCAAGGAGAAGAGGACCCACACACAGACGAUGAAGAUGCUCACAUGUUACAUGAGGAGGAGGAGGAGAAUCAGGAAGUGGAUCACAGAGUGCCAUCCCAUCAGCAGGGCGCUGGAGUUGGCGAGCUGGACCCUGAGGACGACCCGAACAACCAGGGAGAGGACGAGUUUGAGGAGGCCGAGGACGAGCGGCCGCAGCACAGGGUUGCAAGGCAGGAGGAGGAGGAGGUGGUGGUAGAGGAGGAAGAGGAGCAGGCAGCGCCAGCCCCGCACAAAGACCCCCACCCAGGCCCCGAACAACCUGCUGUGGAGGAGGAACUGGUGAUGGCUGGAAACCCAGAUCAACAGGAAGACACGCUGGAUGACCAGUACCAGGAGGAAGUAGAGGACGAGGCCCAGGAGGACAUAGCUGGUGGGCAGAAGAGAGAGGACGAGGUGGAGGAGGAUACAUAUAACGAGGAGAACGUAGAACAGGACGAAGUAAAAAAACAGGAGAGACCAGGACAGGAGGAGGAUCACAGAAAAGAGGCUGAGAAUAACGAGGAAGAGAAUUACGAAGAGGAAGAAGAGGAAGUAGAGGAGGAUACAGCUGGUCAAGAAAAGGGAACCAACCGGAGGGCAGAGAUGUAAGACGGAUGCAGACUUUGACCAGUUGCAGUGCCUUUUCGGCAUCCCAUAGAGCCUAUCAGGUCUUCUUUCCCUUGUUUCCCAAAGGAACAAAACCAGCCCUCCAUUCAGAAUUCCAGUUAGGAAAAUUGGGAUAUUAUGCCUGGCAGAUGGGAUGCUAUUCCAAACACUGUGGGGAUGGAACUCAGCAGCUUACACUGUGGAAACGGACAGAAUUUGUCAAUCUGAAAUGGGAUGUAUGCUGUAUACUGUAUAUUCAUUUGCUUUUCUGUCUACUCGCACAUCUGCCUGAUUGCCUGUAUGGUUCUGUUUUUUAACAGCAGACAGAGAAUGUAUUUCUAUCAUGUGCUGUCUUUGAGUAUGUUGAAAAAAGCAAAGAUUAAUUAUGUUAUUCUGAUGUCCUCAUGUUCAGGCCUUUUAUAUGUAUGUUUUAUGCAAACCGUUGUAUUCUUUGUAGCUCUCAAAUUGUAAUUUACAUCUUGCAUUCCAAUCGAUCAAGUCGUUUUCUGUUAUUUAUUGUUGAUUGUAACAACUCUGACAAUCGUUAAAAGAAAAAGGUGCAACAUUACUUUUUUAUUUCACCGACUGAACUAGUUUGUCAUAAUGGCUUUUUACCAAGUUGUUAAGCUGAUACACAGGAGUAUUUCCACUGGAUAUAUUUUGCAAAUGCCAGUCAAAAAGACAUUUCUGGUGAAGCCGUUGUGUGCUGAAAGUGUCACAAUGACAUGUGCCUUUCCAUUCUUGGAAACCUCUUCUAGACCUUAGUCAUUUUACAUUUGGAAAAUCAUUUCAAUAGGACAGGAGAGAUAAGAGCAUGCCAGUUAGUGCUAAGCCUCUUGCAUACUGCUUCAGCAUAGCCUUAAAUGGAGGGCUACUUUUUUUUGUCGACUGCUGGUAUGAAUUAAAUUGACAAACCUGAUGCAAUUUACUGCAACAUCUUUAGUCUACUGUACAAUGUAUAGUAAAACAAAUGCUGAGAAUGUGUAUGUUUUUCCACCAGUUAUAUUUGAUACAAAUAAAGUGGGAUUUUGAUUGUAUUAAACCAUGUUUGCCACCUGAAUGGUGUGUGUGGAAUAAAGAGGUCAAAGGAUUUCA